UUUAAAAUUCUCUAUACAUAUUCGGCAUGUAAGUAUCAAAAUUUUUGAUCAAAUGAAGCUGGGCCCAGCUUUAAAACAGAGGCUUCGGGGUGUCGCAGCUGCGAUGCAUUUGCUGACACCCCGCAGCCGCAAACAAUGUCCGAUGCGUAAGAUGGCCGCCAGAGUUGCAUCGGAAACCUGCCCAGAAUUGCAGAAGUGUGCCACAAGCAUCGCCAUCCGGGAGCCGUAUGCCAUUCUGCAACACUGGCUGACGAUGGCUCUGAAUGAGGAGCCAAGGUGCGAGCCUCGCAUGGCCUGUUUGGCCACCGUGGAUAUGGCCGGGCAGCCUGUCACGCGAAUGACCAACGUCGAGCAGAUAAAUGCCGCUGGGCUUACAUUCUAUACGACGCUGGGCAGUCGCCUGACGGGCGAGAUCACCAACAAUCCUCAUGUGUCGCUGCAGUUCUUUUGGCCGCACAUGAGACGCAGUGUACACAUUGCCGGACAUGUCAGUCCCGUGUGCGCUCUGCAGGCACAGUUGCAGUUCGCCCGAUAUCCGCGUGAAGUGCAGCUAAGCAUGCACGGCAUACCAAGCAGAAGAAGCGGCAUCUACAGCAGGAUCAAGGAGCAUUUCGCCAAUCUCUUCAGAAGUGAUCGGGUGCAGGAAGUGCCGGUACCCCGCGAUUGGGGCGGUCUUCUAUUGUGCCCAACUUUAUAUGAGUUUUCUCAGGUGGGCUCCGAGGCGCCGGGCAGGCGGUGCAUGCGUUUUCGACGCUGCCUCACGCUACCACGGGGUAUGAGGAAUGAAACAUGCAAUGCGGAUCGCUAUGAUUGGGUCUUUGACAGCUGCACUGACCAUGAUAGCUGCAUAAUUUAAGCCAAGACAUAAAUGCUGUUGUGUCAUAAUGAAUAUUUCUUUUUUUUUCUUUUUGGGUAUUUCUGAUUUUGACAUUCAAGAACAGAGCCGCAAAAAAAUUAACAACAAAUGUGGUGGCGUUUAAAAAUUUAAUAAAAAUUCUCAAGCAACAGAGCACACACGCAUACGCAUAUAGGGGGCUUUAGCUGCAGAGGCGUUAAGGAACUGCAGCCAAGCGUAAAGAAUAAUGCCCGACGGAAUGUGCAAGUCUCAAAACAACAACAAUAAUAAUGUCAACAAGAAGCAUAGGCAACUCCACAGCAAAGUAAAUAACGAAAGCCCAGCCAAAUCACAACACCGGAAAAGUGAACAAUAAAAAGAAGAAACAGUCUGCAUAGCGGCUUGUGACUUGUAGUGCACCCGCACCGCCAUAGCCCUACUCACUCUCUCUCUCUCUCUCUCUCGCAUGUGC